GUGCUGGUGUGCGCUCAACUAUUUCAAAAGUAAUUAAGUUGGCAAAAAGGCGCCAACGCAGCGCAGCUCAGCUUUUGUUUGUCAGUUUUUCCCGCUCAGUUGGAACGGCGCGAAAAUAAAGGGUUAAAAAUGGGGUGGGGUGGUGUGGAGCUGAGAAAAAGCUGGCGAAAAAGCCCAGUGACAGUGGAGGGCCAGCAAUUUUUCCAGGCAAUCUAAUAAUUCAACCAAAAACCCCAACAACACACACACGACUGGCCAAUGCCCUUUUUCCAUCAAUGUGUGUUGUGUGUUGUGAGUUGUGUGUGUGUGUGUGUGUUUGUUUAUGCAGAUUUUGUUUGGCUUUUGCCGGAGUCGGGAUUGCACUUGUUGUUGCUGCUGUUGUUGUUUACACUAACACCAACAAUGGCAUAUGCCACACAAGGGGUCAGGGGUCACAGGCAGGGGGACAAUAAUAAUGUCGCUAGCCAUGGCAACGCAAUGUGCAAACAAAAACACAAAGACAAAUUUGUACCAAUGACGGGAGUUAGACGGAGCUCAGCUGAAAAAGGUAAACCCAGAGUCGAAAGAGGAAGAGGAAGAGCCCAUAUAUGUAACGAGUGCAUGUCCUGCGACAAUUAUGCGGAAUAUCCUCUUUUCGGCCAUUCCAAAAUAAUGAGAAUAGACAGGAGCAGCACCCAUUAAACGCAGUUCAACCAACUUAAUCCUGCCACACACUGUCACACUGCGGAAAUACCAUAUUAAUGGCAUACACAAAGUUUUUUUUUUUGAAACAAGAAAACAUUCGAAAAAAAGACAUACCAUACUUGAGUACAUGGCCUCUUUGGCAGCGCUAUGAAAUAGUAUGCUUUCAAAACCUGUAUGUGUUGAAAAGAAUGUCCUACAUAAUUCAAUCAGUCUUAAGAGAACAUCUGGUUUUUGUUUUUUUUUUUUAUAUUUAUUUAUUUUAGGCCUUAAAAUUGCUGAUAGAUAGACCAUAUAGAACAUCCAGUGUUAAACCACUAAAAAAAGUGUUAAUACCAUGUAAAUAAAUUGCAUAAAGAUACCCAGCCUAUGCACACAAUACACACAAUUUCGCCGCUACAAAUUGUUAAAGACCUGCACUUGGACUGACCGCCAUAAUGAUCGAAGAAUGUAAUGCGGAGAUGGGGCAAAUCAGAAGCCACAAAAUUGACAGGCGACAAAGGGAAAUUGCAGCAGCAUGCAUGGGUGUUAAUGGGGAGGUGUUGUGGGGGCGGAUGCAAGGGGAGGCGAGUGCAACAGCCAAAACGUUGCCACUUAUGGCCACGCCCACCGACCAAAUCCGCCCCAGCUUCCGUCUGCUGCUGUCGUUUCACUUCCUCUUUUCUCGCGCUCUGCUGAAAGGCAAUCAUGGUGGAGAAUCUCCGCUUUCCCCUACCCAUCCCCUCACCGCCCCCAACUAUCCCCUGGGAAACCCAUCGCUUUUCAUCCGCACUGUUUGCUGAACAAGCUGAAAGGGCGACAAAUUGUAAUCAAAUGCACGCAUGAGUGUGUGUGUGUGUGUGUGUGCGUUUGUCCCGUUUCGCCCCCUUAAAAAGAGGCGUGGUUUUGUGUGAGUGCGACAGGUUUUUGCUUGUUUCCCCGGCCAAAAGGAGCAGCAAAACAUGCUUAAUCGGGGGCAACGGUGGUAUUCGAAGAGGUGGGAAGGGGUGGGGGGGUCGGUAAAAUAGUGGAAAGCCAUUGAUUAACUUGCUGGGCGGAAAGUCAAACGGUGUACUCGCAUAUGGAGCUCAUAAACUUGCCAAGUAAUUGGAGUUUCGAUCAGCGACGAAAAGUACGCAGCAGUAUUUCAGCAGGAAAUGAGGACAUCGAAAAGGGCGGAAAAAGCUAUUUCGAAAUUAGAUUUCUAUGUGCACUCUAGAACCGAAAUCUGAGUACAUGAAGUAAGAAUUUUAAGACUAAAAUCUCCAAUUCCCCGGAUAUCAAAUGGGUGCCCAUGCCACUAAAAAAUAGUGCGUUAACGCCCAUGGCCGUUAUGGCAUGUAACCAAAACUUACAAUCAUUAAGAAUUAUAACAAAAUGGAUAUGAAAUAUAACACAGUAGUCUUUACAAAUGAAAAUGGAAAAUGUUUCUGUAAAGAGAUCAAGUUACCAUAAAUAAUUUGUGCAUUUCAUAAAAAUUUUAUCCCAGAAGGCUGUUUCAAAUAACAGCUUAAAAAAAUAAAUCAUAUUCAAAAUGACUUCCGAGGCUAAAAAAAUUGUAAAAACCAAAAACAGCGCACCUAGUCAUAUGCAACCCGAAGAGCGGCGUCAGUUUUUGCAAGUAAAGGUCAAGGCGCUGCCCACUCCGAUUCAGAACAAAAUUGUGGUUCUUAAGAACAUACAAUUGGAAAAGAUCAAAAUGGAGAAGAAUUUCUGUGAUGAGGUAUACGAUCUGCAGUACCGGUACCAACAGAAGUACGAAGAACUAUAUAACAAGCGAAAGGCCAUCAUCGAGGGGGAAACUGAACCCGAUCAACAGCAUUCGAAUGUUAAGGAUGAGAGCUCUGAAAACGAUUUUGGUCGUGUCAAAGAGGUGCCGCUGAGCGAUGCAAAGGGUGUUCCCGGUUUUUGGCUAACGGUGUUACGCAACACAAUGAUCACGGACAUGAUAAAGAAACACGAUGAGCCAGCAUUGCGCCGCCUAAUUGAUGUGACAGUUCGGUAUGAUGUAGGGCACGCAUUCAAAUUGGAGUUCCAUUUCGAAGCCAAUCAGUUCUUUGACAAUUCGGUCCUAUCGAAGAAGUACUUUCUAAGGUCCUCCAUUGAUCAAUACGAUCCGUUCGCCUAUGAAGGACACAAGGUGAAAUCGUGCCAGGGAUGCGACAUCGACUGGAAGGACAAGAUGAAUCUCACAGUCAAGACAAAUAAUAAUACUCCCGUGGAGUCUUUCUUCAACUUCUUUAAUUCACCCCAAUGGUCAAUUGAUAACGAAGACGACGAUGAAUAUAAAGAAGCUAAGGCCCUAGAAGCCGACUACAAAAUUGGCAACUUUUUACGCGUCAGGAUUAUUCCUAAAGCGGUUCUCUACUUUACUGGUGAUAUUGUGGAUAAAUAUGGCGAUGAAGACAAAGAUUAACAUAUAAGAGCAAUAAGGAUUAAGGCGGAAAGUCAAAUGUCGACAAAGCCUCUCCAGCUCCUUCUGGCACUACGAAAUCAGUGUGAUUUCAAAUUACAUACUCCCCAAUUUAAAUUCAUGUUCAAGUAAAUAUUUCAUAAAAACCAAUUUGGAAUUACAAUUGAUACAGUUCGACAAAAGAUUCAUUACAAUGAUUAGCAAGGAUUAACUUUUUUUUAAGCACCUACAGAUUGUUUACAAUAUUUUACUUUACCAGAGCU